UCAGAGUCAUUUAUUAUUAGCUCUGAAAAAGUUUGAACGAAGAAUAAGGGUCCGAAAUUAAAUCUUCCAGUAAAAUGUUUGAAAAUCGGUUGCUGUGUAGGGGUUCGUAGCUAACUUGAAAACAACAACAAACUUCGAGCAUGCACAGAGGUUCUCUGACAUAUUUUCGGAAAUGGUUGAAUACAGUAUUCAACAAAGUGGAUUUUCACAGAAUUAAAGAAGUUGGACCGGAUCGUGCAGCUGCUGAAUGGUUGCUGAGAUGUGGUGCAUCUGUUAAGUGGAAAAGCAAUAGUGAAUGGAUAUCAGAUUACAAUACCUUGACUGAAAAAUAUGAAGGAAAUAAGAUGUAUAUUGAAGAAAUUGAUGCAACCAAUUCUUGUAUUAUGCAUUAUGGCUUUGAAUAUCUAAAUGGACUAAUGUAUGUAAAAAGCUUUACAUUGUGCAAAUGUAUUUAUUUUGAUGACCGAUCCAUCGCCAGGCUCUCAGUGUUAAAAGAUUCACUAAAUAAUUUGAAAAUUAUUAGCUGUGGCAAUGUCACUGAUGAAGGAAUUUUAAAAAUUGCAGAACUUAAGAAACUAAAAUAUCUACACUUACAAGACCUUCCUGAAGUUGUGAACAAAGAAAACUGCAUUGAUUUUCUCAGAGAAAAUCUUCCAUUCUGUAAGACCAGUUUUCCAUAAUCAUUUUAAUCCUAUUAUUUUUGUGUAUUAGUCAUAAAAUUAAUAAAUGUAUG